AAGUCAGAUUUUCGCGUCGGUCUUUUUUUUCCCUGAGAAGAAGGAGCACCGCUGUGUGGAUAGUCGUCACAUGAUUGAAGGGGUAUGGAAGUACAUUUUUAAUGGCCUGAGCUGGAUUUGAGUACAUUAAAUCGGACUGUCAGUCUUACGUUGUGCCUGUGUAAAGAGGCUAACUUGUCUCUCCCUCCUCCCCUGUGCUGGCUCUGAGGGGCGGUCUCUCCUCUCUUCCAGCCCCGCAGUCAGAGGUAUUUGUCUUGUCAUGACAGCCAUGGCGAGAUUAGAAGCUGCAUCUGAGCUCCAGUCUCGGCUGUCAUCCUUGUCCUUUUCAUCCUUCCCCGGAGUUACCUCCCAUCAUUGCGACAGCGAACCGCCGGGCAGUCUGCAGAGUACAAAUCUGACGGAGAGCUUCACCCAAUCCAGCAAUCAAGGCAACAUGAAUGAGACCCAGGAGGAUUUGGCUAAGGGUAAUGAAGAGGCUCCUGCAGAGCUGGCCCUGGGGGAAGGAGGCGAGGAGAACAACAGUGCUGGGACCUGUCAGCUCUCUGCUGAAAUCAAAGAGGCAGCCCAGAUGCCAACUCUGCCGCCUCCAACAACUUGGACAUCUGCUGCAGUGAAGGAGCUGAAGGCAAAGCUUCGAACUGAGAAGGACAGCGUUGUGACAGUGUACCGAGGAGACAUCAUGACGGUCCACGUCCCCACCGUCCCCGAGGCCAAAAAAGUGUGCUGGGAGUUUGCCACAGAUGGUUUUGACAUUGGCUUUGGCAUAUAUUUUGACUGGACCCCUGUGACGAGCAGGUCUAUCACGGUGCACAUCAGCGAGUCGAGCGAUGACGAAGAUGAAGAGGAAGAGCUAGAAGGGCCUCUCAGCAAUGACGACGUCGAGAAAGGCUCCAAAAGCCAGACCAACUCGAACCUGGCUGAAAUACUGCCUGUGUACCGCCAGGACAGCCACCUGUCUGUCCAGGGCGGGAGCCACGACUUCCCAGGUGAAGGCACGUACCUCCUAAAGUUUGACAACUCCUACUCCCUUUGGAGGAACAAAACUCUCUACUACAGGGUGUAUUACAGUGCCUGAGACGCCAGUUCUGUUGCUCACGAAUGUAUAAAUUACUGAAUAUUACUCCUAAGAACAAUGAACUAUUUUCUUUGAUUUCAGACAUGGAAUAAACAAAGAUAUAUAAUUUAAGAAAUAAAUGCAGGCACAUCAAUUUUAUAUUUGCUUGUCAGAUUAAAUGGGUUUCAGUGCAUCAUGUGUGUCAGUGUCCCGUUUGAAUAUAAUCAGAGAAGCCUUGUGUUUGUCAUGUGCCAUAUCCCCUCUGUGCUGUUUGGUCAAGUGCCCGUCAUAAACCGCAUAUUGUCUUUACCUGUUACAUUUCUAUGGUAGCAGCAAUCAGGGAGAACCUGCACAGUGUGUGUUUCUCCAGGCCACGUCCUUAAUCAGCAGUGCUCUGAAGAAAUUAUUUUCACAUGUGCGUCUUUAUGUAUGCACCAUUUUGGUUUUUCUUUUUCUCUAUUGCAUCGUUGUUUGUUGUGAUAAUCAUUCAGCUUUGUUGUGUAACUUAUAUUUUUUUUUAUUGUUGAAUCUAAUCAUCUGAAAAUUUAGGACUUAAUAUGCGUUCUCUACUGGUUCAGUGGGUGUGUUGAAGGAAGAUUUUAGGUUGUAGUACUGAAGUUACAGUUUUUAUGGCGCAUAUAAAAGCCCUCAUCAAAUAACGCUCUAGAUCCAAUAUUUACCUUUGCUUUGCCAGUGUUUUAAUUAGCUGUUUUAAACGUAGAGGUCAGUUGCAGUGUUUCAUCCACAUGUGUUUUUUAAGUGAAGAUCACUGCUUAUUUUUUGAUGUUCUUCGUGUGUUGGACCACCUUUUUCUUGUAAAGCUGACACUUUAUCAGCUUUACAAGCUGAUAAAGUGUCAUAUUUCCAAAGAAGUCACAUGCGCAUAUUUCCAAAGAAGUCACAGAUUUGGCUGCUAAUGUCGUAUGCAAUGUAAAGCAACUGUUUUCAAGCUGUUUCCUGUCCCAUACCUUCACUUUAAAGUAUACUAUUUGUUCCUGAAAUUUAUAUUCCACAAUAAAGAGAAGAUUGUCUAGU